CUUAAAUGCUGAACAGUCACAGGCUUCCACUCACACCAGCGCUGCCUGACUCACACAAGCCCUCUCAGCCGAGCUCCAGCAUUCACCGGGUCCGCUUCUAUCAAAGAAAGGGAAAGAUGUCUGUGCCACUGUCAGUGCUGAUGUGUCUGUGCCUGGUGCAGCUGUGCGUGGGAGACGAGGCUGCCGGGGAGGUCGUCACCACCGGGGAGGUCGUCACCACCAAGAAGGUGCCUCUCCUGGGUGGCUGGUCUGAAAAGAGUCCAGAGUCAGUUGAUGUUCAGAACGCAGUCCAGCACGCCAUGAGCGCGUUCAACGCCGAGCCGAACCGCAAGAGGACGUUCAAGCUGAUGUCCAUCACCAGCGCUCACGUCCAGGUGACCAACAUGAUAAACUUCAAGAUCGAUGUCGUCCUGGGAAAAACCAAGUGUGUCAACUCGGAGGCCCGCGACCUGGAGAGCUGCAGUCAGGUCACAAAGUAUCUGAACUGCCGCUUCCUGGUGUCCUUCAACCUCCGCAACAGCAAACACGAGCUGCACAACGCCAAGUGCAGGAAGCCAGAGAAGGCCUAAGGUUCUACUGGGACUCAGUAGCUUUGGCAUCUUCUUCACAUUGAUUUUUUAAAUUCCAUUUUCUUUUUCUGUUAAUGUUUUCCAGUUGAUUUAAGUCGGUGGCUGUAACGGACGUGUGGUUUGGUAUGAAAAUGAACAAAUCAAACAAAUAAAAUUGAUGGUUUGUGGUUGUUUUAAA